AUGCUAUUCGGACACCAGCCCUCAAAGGGCAUGCACGUCAGCUCCGUCGUGAGCUAUCAGGGGAGUGUCUGCGACGAAGAUGGCAUCAAAACUUCCAGUCACAGAUAUGAGGUCGUCAGGCGUCACAAAGGCACCAUCUUGCUCAGAUACUGGAUACAUGUCAUUGCCGUCCUCGCCACCACCGGUAUUUCAGCCCUCAAUUUCUUCGAGAUCUUCCUUAUCGACGAUGACGAUCGAGACAUUGUGAUCGUUCUCAACGCAUUUCAAUUCGUCGCGAGACUACACGAAGCAAUGUUGCUAGGUUCACUGAUACUGGUUCUCAUGGACACAGUCAGGUCCAAACUGGUCUCCGUGGAGGGCGUAAGCCUGGGCCACCUUCUUUCGCCUUUCACAUUCACGAACUUCGACUUUUUAGGCAGCGGUCAGUUUUGGAGGUGCCUGCAAUUCAAGUCUGGCACGCUCACUCUAUCGCUUCUGCUGGUUUUCGCCAUUCCAUUUGCGAACGUAGCCGGACCUCUCUCGGCCAUCACCAUUGUGCCUCGCCUUGGCUGGUCAAAUUCUGCUAAUGCUGCUAUAUUUCCUCAAUUCUUCAAUGCGUCCAGCUCUAACUUCUGGCCCGCGGAGCUGAACACUGCAGAUCUCCCAGCUAAGUGCACUGGACCUCGUGCAGGACUUGAGCCGGGAUGUCCUGGCAUGGGCCUCAAUCAGACCCUAUACAACAUGGACUAUGACAACACACCAGGUGCUUUGUGCUUGAAUACAGGCUUUGAUACGUCCUGCAACAUCUCCAUGUCGUCCACGUUAGCUGCCAAUGCUAUCACGCGACUUCUGUCCAUUGACUUCAAUAGAAAUGCGUUGAGUGCCUACGGAACAGCCCCAAACAACAACAUGCAUAGGAACAUCGCUCGGAAGUUCGAAAAUGGCAUCUCCUUCCGCGAGCAGAACCUGGAGGGGCUGAAGUUCAUCGAAGCAGAUAAGACCCAACUAAUCGAUAUGCACUACUCGACCGAGGCAGGCUUCCUCAAGCCCGCCGUGGCGACUUCGUGUCAGGAGCUCAAUGGAAGUUCCGCAAUGCAACUGAUAGGUGCAGAUCAAGCGGCCCUGAAUUGGUCAACACCUACAGUGACUUGGCUUGCAGAUAUUGACGGCGGUCUCAGCAGAAACUUCUUGUUCUCUUACCGGAUCGACACGCCUGGGCUGUCUCUGCGAGAAGCUUGCCGCGAUGACGAUUGUUUCAGGGCUCCGACCUCUCUGUACCAGAGUGACCCUCAGCCCAAGAAUAUAUUUGCUCCCGGAAAGUCUGGCUCUGUUUCGUUGAGGAUUAAGAAAGACUGGCUCGACGACAUCACACUACCAGACGCACCUACUAUGGCAGAGGCAAUCAUCAGGUUGCUCAACAACUGGGGAGUUCCCUUUUCGGGAAGCGCGGACUUCGUGACCGACUCUAUCACAUCCAGGAUCGCCCCAACAAAUCAUUCCGUUGCGGUCGCAGUCAUACUUACCGCAACUAUCACCGAGUCACUUGCCCAGCUGCCCGCUGAUGUCGGGCAGUCACUGUACAACGGAAAUUGCAGCGAUACGACUCCUGGGUUUGCCUUUCCACCAGAGAUCUGCACUCAGAGCCCUUCUCAUUGGAUAAAUGCACGAAAGCUGGAUGUGGCGCUCCAAGAUACCAGUUCCAUGAUCACAUUCUCGGUCCGCCGCCGUGGCUAUGGGUGGUUCACAUCAGACUCGAGCCUCGUAUACGUGGCGCUGGGCGUUCUUCUGUCCCAUGCGCUUGCAACUGCCAUUUACCUUGUUUGCAUCCUGGUCGUGAAGAAAGCGAUAACUACUCGCUGGUCUUCGGCCGCAGAGUUGAUUAUUCUCGCCAUCGACUCCUUUCGCGCCCCUGAACUGAUAGGCAGCACGGUGAAGGUCGAAGACAGCCAGGUCUGGCGGAAGAAGGUCACACUCCGAGAGGUCGAUGAUGGCGGUCGACUGUCCCUGAUUGUCGGGGAUCCCCGUCUGUAUCCAGAGCGAGUCGGCGAAGUACCCAGGGUCAAGAAGAAAUACCAGUGA